AUGACCGGAACCCCGCCGACGUACUACUCACGCCCACAGCAGGCACACCCGAGAUAUCGCCGUACUUCACUCCUGGGCCAUCAAUUAACUGCUAGUUCUUUCAUGGAUAUAGCCAGUGGUUCCUCGUCCACAUCCUCGACAGCGAUGACUAAUCGCCCAUUACCACCCGCGCCACAGAUCCCGGAAGAAGAUGAGUGCCCCAUAUGUCAUCGCGAGCUACCUUCGAGAGAGCUCCUCAACUUUGAGGCUCUACGAGAGUCGCAUAUCGAAUCAUGUAUCAUAGCACAUAGUUCGUAUAACCCAAGUUCUGGCGCAUCCGGCAGGUCGAGCCAGGCUACUCGCAGAACCGGUAUGUUUCCGUACCUAGCCACGGAGAAGGACUGUGUGGAUUCUGCGGAAUGUACCAUCUGCCUCGAAGAGUUCGAAGUUGGCGUCGGUAUGGCGCGUUUGGAGUGCCUAUGCCGCUUCCACCGAGCUUGCAUCAGCGCAUGGUUUGUCGAUCACCCUGGGCGAUGUCCCGUUCAUCAACACGACAGUCUCGGUUACUGA